CCGCCUACCUUUGCUCACUUCACUUCACUUCAUGACACACGGCAACUUUUCGCAACACGAAACCUUAUUUAGAAGCUCGGACAGACGUUUUCUCCUUCUUUGCGGCAGGGCGUGUUUGGGGCUCGGUGCUCGGACCCAGCCAUGAACAUCAUUGGGGCUGAGGACGAGGACUUUGAGAAUGAUCUGAACGACGUGGUGGAUGAGCAAUGUUUGUUCAGCAGCAUCGAAAUGCUGAAGGAGCGGCCCACCCACCUGCUGGUCCUCUUGCAGCAUGUCAUCCUCCAGUUUGACCCUGCACCGCUGCUUUGUUACCUCCACGCGGACCUCUUAAAGAACCUCAAUGCCAAAGAAACCAAGAAGCAGUUUGUGGAGUUCUACAACACCUUCUUGGACAAGGGCGCAAUCCUCAGAGUCACAGUCCCUCCCGUCAUAGCCACUGAACUUGACCGGACGCGCCCGGACAUGCUGUCUGAAGACCUCCAAAGACGCUUCGCCUAUGAGGUCCAGUUUGAGCAGGCCGCUGAGGUGGCCAAGCAGCUGGAGGACUUCAGGAAAAAGAGGAAGAUGGGGAUGACGCCCAACGAGGCGGAGCUGAUUGACGUGGAGAACCACUACCCCACAGACCGCAUCCCCAUGGAGAUGAAGGAGAAGUCGGUGGCCGAGAACCUGCUGGACAAGAUGUCUGAGACGCAACCGACCAUAGUUUCAGAUGAAGAGAAAUGCCAGUCCAUCUUUUCAGCGGUGGCCUACUUCAUGAAGCACCUUGGGGUGAAGACCCGGGCGGCUGACAACAAGAAGUCCCGAGGGGGCUUCUUCCGUAGACAGCUGGUCAAGAACAAGAAGGACGAGUCCACAAAGACCAAACCCAGGGGUGGCUUCCCUGGGAUACCUAGCUGGAUCGCGGGUAACCCUGAGGUCAAACCUAAAAUGGAAGCCGAAGUGGACAAGGAGAAAGGGAGUCAGGAGCGUAAAGGUCCAACGCCUAUCCGUGGUUCCUUCACCGACCCGGCGGCGCCCACACUCCCCUGCAGAAAGUCAGGGUCUGGAUCCGGCGGCGGCGGCGGCGGCUCCAUCACCUUGCCUACAGUGGAGAUCACGGAGGGCUCGGGCAACAACGCCAGCAUGAGCAGCAGCCCCGAGGCUCUGCAGUCCGAUGGCUUCUCCAGCAAUCGUCUGGAGCCACUAAUCUUUCCCGAAUUGACUGACGGAUCCCCGUGGGAGCCCUUCUUGAUCAGCGACACCCCCGUGGAGGAAAGCCUGGAGAAAGACAGACGCAAGACAAGUAAGAAGGUCGCGCGUAGCGAGAGUGCUCGCGUGGACCGACACCCAUCACGGCGUCGCAGCUCCUCCCGGGCCAAACAGUACCGCUCUCGUAGCAACGUGGACCUGCAGUUGCCUUCCACCAUGACGACCGUAGCAUCAUCGCUCAGCCCCCAUUUCAAUGAAGGACCCAUUCCAGUGGCUGAAGGCUCCGGCUUGUCGCCUGUCAGUCCCUCUCCUCCCGAGGAGAUGGAGCCCCGCCUGCUGGAGUUCGAGCAGGACCCGCCUAACUGGAGGGAGCUGGCCUCCCCGGAAGCUCUGUCGGGCCUCAGCAAGAAGGAGACCAAGAGGCAGGAGGUCAUCAACGAGUUGUUCGCCACAGAGCACGCCCAUGUGCGCAUGCUGAGUGUCCUUCAGAUGGUCUUCUCCAAGCCUCUGGAGCGAGAGGAGCUCCUCACCGCCACCGAGCUGGCCACCAUCUUCCCCAACCUGGACGAGAUCAUAGAAAUGCACUAUCACUUCUACGAGAACCUGAAAAAACUUCGUCUGGAGGACAAGUUUAUCGUCAAAUCCAUCAGCACCACCGUCCUCAACAGAUUUGAGGGCACGGAAGGGGAAUGGUUCCAGAAGCUGGCGGCCCGUUUUUGCAGUCACCAGUCGUGGGCCCUGGACCAGAUCAAGAGCAGGCAGAAGAAGGAGCCUCGCUUCAACUCCUUUAUCCAAGAGGCGGAGAGCAAGCCGCAGUGUAGGAGGCUGCAGCUCAAGGACAUCAUUCCCAUCGAGAUGCAGAGGCUCACCAAGUAUCCGUUGCUAUUAGAGAACAUCGCCAAGAACACAGACGAUCCCAGUGAGAAGGCGCUCAUCCAUCAGAGCGCCGAGUGCUGCAGAAAGAUCCUCAAUCACGUCAACGAGGAGGUCAAAGAGAUGGAGAACCUUCUGACGCUCAAGGAUUACCAGCGGCGACUGGACACGUCGGGACUCAAGCCCAGUAAUGAGCUUUAUACAGAAUAUAAGAACAUUGAUCUGACCCAGAAGAAGAUGCUGUAUGAAGGGCCUCUCACUUGGAAAGUCACAAAAGAGAAGGCUGUCGAGGUGCAGUGCGUGCUGCUGGGUGACCUGUUGGUGCUCCUGCAGAGACAGGAUGACAAGAUGGUGCUCAAGUGUCAGAGCAAGAGCAUCAUCGCCAUGCAGGAAGGCAAGCAGAUGCUCAGCCCCAUCAUCAAGCUGGACUCGGUAUUCCUGCGCGAGGUGGCUACUGAUUUGAAGGCCUUCUACGUGAUCUUCACUUGGGACAGCGGCGCUCAGAUCUACGAGCUGGUGGCUCAGUCUGUGGGCGAAAGGAAGCUGUGGACUAAAGUGAUAAAGUCAGCGGUGGAUGAUCUGAAGAAGAGUGGCGCGCCCAUGAGGAUCACACUGCCACCUGGAAGUGGAGCAGGAUUUAGUCCUGGGCUGAGCGCCCCUCAGAGCCCCACAGAGAACGGUGGUUUGAAGAGUAGCGGUGAUCGCGAUAAGGACAGCUUGACAGAUGAUAAGUCAUCCGAUCCCCGGCACUCACUGAUCGACUUCCUGUCUGACAAAGGGUUCGACCUCCUCGCGCACUCCAACAGCUACCGGGAGAAGUUGGCCGCCAACGCUCUGGAUGAAGUCAUGCUGUUGAAGCGGCUGCUGGUCGGGAGCAUCAGUCUGUCGGAGGACAGAGAAAACGGAGAGGAACCCAGUCUAGAAAUGGACAGCUGUCAAUCAACAGAAGGCCUGGAGGAGGAGAAGGAAGGUGUCGUCGCCAAGAGGGACGAGGAGAGCCUCCCCUCGGAGACUGCCAGGCUGGUGUUGUCCCAGGAGAGAAUGGAACAAGUGUGCCGGAGGCUCGUCAGCCUGGAGGGGCAAAUAAAGAGACUCCAGACUGUAGAAGAGGAACAUCACAGGCUGCAGGAGGCCCUUUCUAAGUUCUCGUUAGAGGGCGGUCUCUUUGCCUAAGAUGCCAUCACGCCACCUGCUGGCCACUAGACCGUUAUUUUACUGGUGCUUGUUUGGAGUGCAAGAAGCUUUCCGGAAAUGUCCGCAAACCUUCGCUUCGCUGAGAAAACGCUCGGAGAGAUGCUGGAUAAUUUGCUGGAGGAUGAACAAGGGGAGGAAAAUGGCUUGUACGGCCAGUGCUGUGGAAUGUGUGUGUUUGUGUGCCUGUGUGCCCUUCAUUGCGUUGCAUCGCGUUAUGUUGCAUCGCGUUAUGUUCUAUAGUGUUAUGUUGUAUAGCGUCGCGGAGCAUUACAUUGCAUAAUGUGACGUAGCAUUGUGUUGCGAUGCGUACAGUUAUGUAGCAUAGUGUUGCGCAGUAUUAUGUAAAGGUACGUAGCAUAGUGUUACGUAGAGUUACGUAGUGUAGCGUUAUACUGAAUUGUAUAUCGCUUCGCAACGAUACGCAGCGAAGCGUAGCACUACGUUAUGUUGCAUAGCAUUACGUUACGGUGUUGCGUAGCGUUGCGUGCUUAUACAAAGAAAGGAUUAGAAAGAAAACCAAAAAAGCCCCCUCUUUCGAGUGUUUAUUUGCAGAGAGAUUCCAAAAACAAAAGCGACACAUUGCUCUUUGCUGCUUCCUAUGAAGUGCUGUUCCACACCUACACACCGCUAAAGGAAUCAAAAAUCACAUGAUUGCCAAAAAGAAAUACCUGGAAAGUUUCCCUAGGAAGCUAUUGUAAAGCACUGCUGUGAAUGGCACGGUCCUCAUUCUUUGCCAAAGUACAAUAGAAAUGCACACAUUGUAUUUUAAUAGUUGAAAAUGAUGAGGAAACUGUGUGUGAGGUUAAUUUUCUGGAGGCUUCUUAUCAUAACAGACGUUGUGCUCUUUAGAUAUACUAUGGCCCAACAAGCUGUUAGUAAUGGAGACUUUGGUUGUGUUGACUGUUAUUUAUUCCUUUUUGGGGCUUUGGCUUUACCCGAAUGGACGUGAGGCAACGCUGGGCCUGACCGAGAGCGUGGACGUAGGUAGAUGUGAAGGCUAAUGUAGAACAUGGAACAAAUGGAACAUGGCAAGAACGCAUGGUGACUUUAGUUAUAGCGAGUGAGAUGGAAGCGGAUGAAUGUCAGAGUAGGGUAGGAAAUUCUAAUAAAUAUAACGUAUUUCCUCAACUAGUGGCCGCUCCUUUAAUAGAUGCCAUGCCACAAUUAAUCAUGGAGAGCAUCACGCACUUCAAUCAAUACUCCCUUGAAAUAAUGCAUUUGGAAAACCAAGGGGAAGUAUUUGAGUUCAAAGAUGCAACAUUGUUGAGCCCUUUUUGACUGUGUUGCUAACCAAAACAGCAGAACUUAAAAAGCCAAGUGUGGAAGCUCCCCGCGCACUAUUAAAUAUCUUACGUGGCGACGAGCCAGUAGUGUUUCCAGUGGGGAAAAAAACACUUCCCUCUAAUAGACGCCUCCCUUUUACCGACCGGGGAAAAAAUUGGUAGUGUUGACUCUUAUACCACAGACUAGUUUCUUGUACAGUAUUGAAGCUGAUCGUAUGCAAUGUAACGAUUAACAGCCACGUAAGAAAAACAAUAACUCCCUUAUAAAAACGCCCUCAAAUUGAUACCGCCGUUUUUCCCCUCAACAAACUAACACAGGUAAAUGUAAUGACCUCAAUUCUUUGAUGCCAUCGUUCAGACACUAAAGAGUGCUAUACCUGCUAUUGAGUAACACCCCCACCCCACCACCACUAUUUGCGUAAAUCCACACUGGAGGGCCCCAGCACUGCUACACAUGCAGAUUAGCUCGUGUGUUCUAUUCUUCCCUAAGAGCAACAUCACUUGUAUUGAUGACACACACACACACACACACACAAACACAUAUUUAUAUAUGUAAAAUGUGUAUAAAAAAACAACGCAUAGCGUUAUGUUGUGUUGCGUCGUCCUGCGUAGGGUUCUAUUCACGUAGCGGAGCAGUUACUGGCGUAGCGUUACCUGCUGUCUUGUAACGACCAUUACGUUGCAUUGUGUUGCGCUCGUUGCAGAAAUGAUUACAAAAAAAAAACAGCCCUCUUUUGAAUGUUUGUUUGCUGAGAGG